AUGCCCGGCGAGAAACCAGAUACCGAUGAAAUAAGCGAAGUAGAACAACGGCCGGCAACGGUCGUAGAGUCUCCCAAGCGCAGGUGGAGGCGGUCCAUGCCUCCGGUGGGCCGGAUGUACCAGUCUUUUACUUCUUUCGCCAGCUCAAAUCGUAACAGCUCAGAUGGUGGAAGCAGUAAUCCAGUUUUUAGUGAUGAGGACAGCUCAGGCCCUCAUGGCGGAGAGGACAAGGAUCAGGAGCAUGACUUGGCCAUCCCUUGUGGCAUGGCGAAAAGCAUAGUUGGUCUUCUAACCACGGCGAGUGUUUAUGCGGGAAUGGGAGACAUAGAGCAGGCAGAAAGUAUUUGCGAGGGCGAAGAAUCAGAUGCUUCCGAUGACUCCGGACCCACUGACAGAUCUGAGGCCUUUGAACGCUCUGAACCUUCUAAGAAUCCUGGAACACCAGAGGUUAACAAAGAUGACGAAGUUGAAGGCCCCGCAUCUAGCAGCCCCUCGGAUGUCACUGUUGGCGCAGAUGAAAAUUCCGAGGCCAACGAUAGCAACCCGAUCUCAGAAACACCCUCGCAAAUAUCCAAGAAGGACACACUUUUCGAAAUCUCAGUUGUACCGAACUCCGAUCUACAGUCGAUAAUGACAUCAAGCUCGAACUCGCGGCAGUCCAAAAUCUAUCGAAAGCUUAUUUCGAAAUUCGGUCUAAAUGAAGACGAAGACCAAUUUGUUUUAACCUGCCCAUGUUGGCUUCUCAAAGACCUCCUCAUCCAGGGUCACACGGUGCUGACCACCAGGCACUUGUUAUUUUUUGCCUUCCUGCCGAAAAGCACGGGCGCAACUAAGAUGUCAGGCAACCUGUCAACUGUAUCUGGUCGCUUGCGGGGUAGAUGGACUCGCCACUGGGCGGUACUCAAGGAUCACACGCUCUCAUUCUAUAACUCUCCAAAGGAUUUAUACUUCCCUAUCCUGACAAUUGAUUUAAGGUAUGCUACGAAGGUGGAGCUUUCAAAGCACAAUGGUGAAGCUACCGGGGAUUUCAGGAUAUUCACCGAGGGCAAAACCUUCAAGUUCAGAGCAGAUUCUAAUUAUGCAGCCCGCUCGUGGUGUAGCGCACUGAAAAAACAAGUCUUUGCGACACAAAAUUCUGAGAAUGACUCUAUGUCUGUAAAGAUCCCUCUAGCAAAUAUCAUUGACAUGGAUGAACAACUGGUGGUUGCACAAUCAGUGACGCUAAGGAUAAGAGUCCUUGAAAGCUCUCAAUCUUUCGCAGUGGAUGAUUACUUUUUCAUGUUCUUGAACAAAAAGGACUUAAAGCUGAAGGAGACCAUCAACACGCUACUCUUAGAGCUUGAUAGAGUUUCGCCUGAGGAGCUUGGAAGUACUACCAUUGCAAACGAAACAGGGGAAUCACCUCUUGUAGAUGAAGACACCCAGAAGGGCUCUCAUCCAGAAAGACGAGGCCGCUCAAGGUCCACCUCCAAAAAGCUUUUCAAGCGGGUGCUAUCCCCAAUGUCUCGAUCUCCCGGACACUCUUUAUCAAUGAGUAUUUCGAUACCUUUUUCUACCAAAUCCUCACAUACAGGCAAAGGCAGGCUAAGGGCAGUGACAGAUGGGUUUUCUAGAAAGCUGCCGACUGGAAAUGUCGAAGAGCAUGUGUCAGUUAAGCAUCCAGCUGAUAUAGAAGUUGAGCCAUCAAACGAGGACCAAGAAGUGGUCCCAAAAGAAACCGCAGCAAAUGAGAGCGUUCCCGAUCCCGCAGACGAAGGAAAAGGGCGUAAUUUUAGGUUGGCAAGCUGGACUCCGAAACCCAUUAAAAACAUGGGAAACAUGUGGAACGCUCAUCCUGUGCAUUACGAGACAGAGGGUCCCGAUAUGUUCCCCGGUGAUGAUCCCUAUUUAACGACUCCCAAAGAGCAAUCUAUUGCAGCCAAGAGGUUCAGAUCACACUUCUCGCUUGAUGGCACGGAAUCUUUACAUGCUGCCUAUUACACCUACCUCAACAAAAACAUCCCUGUUUAUGGAAAGCUCUACCUUGGUGCCUCUGUAGUUUGUUUUCGGUCUCUGAUACCUGGGACGAAAACCAAGAUGAUCCUGCCCAUAAAAGAUGUGGAGAACUGUUAUAAAGAGCGCGGAUUUCGAUUUGGCUACUUUGGGCUCGUUUUAGUGAUACAUGGUCACGAAGAGCUAUUCUUCGAAUUCAGUCUUCAAAGCUCUAGAGAUGACGCUGAAUUUGCAAUGCUAAAAUUGCUAGAUGCUGUUAAGCCGCGAUUAGAUGGUGUGUCUGCGGCUAAGACAAAUGUUAAAAACGGUAAUACAGAAAGUUCGAGCGGACGCAAUAAGCAAUUGACAGAGGCUGCCAAAUUGAGAAUGCUAGAGGACAAAAUCAAUGCUGAAGGCUAUGAUCUGCCAAUGAUGAUCGAAGAAAACCCUUAUUUCAAGACAAGCAUAACGCCAAAAAAAUCAUACAAAUUUGGUUUACUCACCAUUGGUUCGCGCGGUGAUGUUCAACCUUACAUUGCGCUUGGAAAAGGGUUAGUUCGUGAGGGACAUCAUGUAACGAUUAUUACUCACGCAGAGUUUGGGGAAUGGAUCGAGUCAUAUGGCUUAGGCUUUAUCGAGAUUGCUGGAAAUCCCGCUGCACUAAUGUCAUUGAUGGUGCAGCACGGCUCUAUGAACGUAGGGCUGUUAAGAGACGCUUCUUCACAGUUCAGAGGCUGGAUCAAAGACCUUUUAGACACAUCAUGGUCUGCCUGUCAAGGACUUGAUAUUUUGAUUGAAUCACCGUCUGCUAUGGCAGGCAUUCACAUUGCAGAGGCUUUGAAAAUUCCGUACUUCAGGGCCUUUACUAUGCCUUGGACCCGGACUAGGUCAUACCCUCAUGCAUUUAUAGUUCCUGAUCAAAAAAGAGGUGGGAAUUACAACUACUUCACACAUGUGUUGUUCGAAAACAUUCUUUGGAAAGGCAUUGGUGGGCAGGUCAACAAAUGGAGGGUAGAGAAACUUGGGUUGGAGAAGACCAAUCUAUAUAUGAUGCAGCAAAACAAGGUACCAUUUCUCUACAAUAUAUCGCCUUCUAUUUUUCCACCUUCCGUUGACUUCAGUGAAUGGGUCAAAGUUACCGGCUACUGGUUUCUAGAUAGCAAAGAUGACUACGAUCCUCCUGUUGAGCUAGUUAAGUUUAUCGAAAAAGCGAGAGCAUCAAACAAAAAGCUGGUCUAUAUCGGUUUUGGCUCGAUUGUCAUUAAUGAUCCGAAGGAGAUGACUAGAGCUGUCGUUGAUGCUAUUCUUGACGCUGAUGUUUUUUGUAUUUUGAAUAAGGGAUGGUCAGACCGGCUUGACAACGAUAUCAAAAAAAAUGCAGAACAAGAGGUGUUCCCCGAUUGUAUCUACAAUAGUGGAUCAGUUCCUCAUGAUUGGCUUUUCCCUAAGGUUGAUGCAGCAGUGCAUCACGGUGGCUCCGGUACAACAGGGGCAACCUUGAGGGCUGGACUUCCCACUGUUAUCAAGCCGUUUUUUGGUGACCAGUUUUUUUUCGCAGGCCGUAUAGAGGACAUUGGCGCUGGAAUAAGCCUUAAGAAACUUAACAGCAAAAGCCUGUCGAGAGCCUUAAAGGAAGUUACCACUAACUCUCGCAUCAUCAAUAAAGCAAAGCAGAUACAGCAAGAAAUCUCAAAGGAAGAUGGCGUAAGUGUGGCUAUAAGUUGCAUUUAUGCCGAAUUAGCGUACGCGCGGAGCUUAGUGGUAGCUAAAGCCAAGGGCACUCAGAGUGAUGCUAAAGACCCUUCAUCACCCGAGGAAAACACCUGGUUUUUAGUUUGA